AUGUUUCAGUGCACCGAAAAUGACUUGUUGCAAGCGUUUUCGCCCUUCGGCCCGAUUCAGGAAUAUAAACUUCCGCAGAAAGAUGGGCACUGCAGUGGCUUCGCCUUCGUUCAGUACAGGCGGUUCCCGGAUGCAUACAAAGCCUUAAAGUCUAUGAACGCUACGACUCUACUAAAUAGAACGAUCGCCCUUGACUGGGCAGUACCUAAAGACCAGUACAUGACGAGCGUAAUGGAAAGUAAAGCUAAAGAGAAAAUUGCAGACUCUGCAACUGAUAAUAACGUUGUUGUCGAAAAACCUGAAAAACGACUCGACCGUGGCAAAAAAUCCAAGGAUGCUCAGCAAACUGAGUAUGUGGCCAAAAAGGCAGGUAACGCUGACGAUGAAACUUUAAGCCAACGAAAACGUAGGACUAUGAAAAACAACAGCUUUCCUCAACAAAGUCAGCAUGCAUCUGACAUGACCCGUGAUUUCGAUCAGCUGUCUUCUUCCAGCGAAGGUUCUGUGUCUCAAACGAAGCCGCCCGAAGUUCCUCGACGAACAGGUGAUGAUCCUGGCAUCAGGGAAGGUCGAACAUUGUUCGUCAGGAAUCUACCAUUCGAAACCACCGAUGAAGAAUUCGGCGAAUAUUUUUCCCGUUUUGGUCCCUUGAAAUAUGCAGUCACAUGCAAGUACCCAAAUACGGACCAUUCCAAAGGAACUGGUUUCGUGCAAUUCCUCAAUAAAGACUCAGUCGAAAAGUGCUUACAAGCCGCCAAUACCUCUGAAGGCACCGGCAUUUACAUCAAGAGCCAGUUGAUUUCCGUUUGCCAUGCAGUCAGCAGGGACCAAGCGACGAAGAUUGUAAGGGAAAGGGGCGAUGAAAAGCAUAAACCGAAAGACAAACGAAAUUUGCACCUGUUUAAAGCUGGACUGAUAAGUCAAAAUGAAGCAACUGCCUCGGAUAUGUCGAAACACGAUAUCUCUCUGAGAAUGAAGAUUCAGCGGACAAAUAAGGAGAAGAUAAAAAAUUUGCACAUAUUUGUUAGUCCCACUCGAAUAUGUGUGCACAAUUUGCCACUGGGUCUCAGCGACGUACAGUUGAGGAAACUGUGCUUUGCGGCCGUGUCCGAAAGAAGUUGCCGGAUUACCGAGUGUCGCAUCAUGAGAGAUAUGACGAUGUUGAACAAAGACAAAAUUGGUAAAUCACGGGGUUUCGCUUUCGUCACUUUCACGGACCAUGAGCAUGCCAUGAAGUGCUUGAAGCAGUUGAACAAUAACCCAGAAACAUUUAGCUACGAAAAGAGGCCAAUCAUUGAAUUUUCUUUGGAAAACAAAGCCGCGCUAAAUUUGAAACAGCGAAGACUGGAACAUUCACGAGCAUAUACGGUCAAAGCUCGUAAGUUGAAAGAGAAAGAGAAAUAA